AUGCGAACGCGCAAAAGCAAUAAAUCAAAAUCAUUCGUCCUCGACCCUCUACUUAUCGAGGACGAUGACGAGGAAAUCGAAGAGUCAGCUGCAGCAAGUUCCCGCACCCGACGCCGACACGCCGAUGCUUCAGAUCACGACUCCAACUUUGACGAGGACGGUACUGCGAGUGCGCAACAAGACGCGCCCUCUGAGGACGACGACUCAGGCGAAGAAUCAUCAUCCGUCCAUUCCGUCGAUGAGAGUGAAAGACCAACGCUUGUAUCAACGCCCGCGAAGAAAAGCACCAAGUCAGGCAACUAUGCAAAGUUGAGAACUACCGGCGCAGGCAAGGAGUACUGGCCUCUAGAGCCCAUGGCGUGGACCAUGGAUGCACCGAGAGGCUAUGCCGGUUCCUUUGAGCGGUACUUUCGAGGUCCUACACUAGUCAAGACCUGGUAUGGGCCUGAAGAGGAGAUGCUGCGCAAGGCAUUUGGUCUACUGGAGAGGUGGCUACAGUGGCCCCUCCUGCCACCAAGCGCUCCCAUCCCGGUUGGUGGAAGGAAGGGUGUAUGGGAAGAUGGAAUCUAUGAAAGCGAGGCAAGCUUUCUGCCAAGGUGGAGGGAGAGCUUGGAGGCCGACUCCUCGCAACGGACGACACUUGUUGGCUUGUCUGACGAGGAAAGCGAGCCUUACCGAAUACACCCUGAAAAGAAUCUACAGAUUCUGCUGGGUAGUCAAGAUGACCCGCAAGUGGAGUCGACGAGCUUUGGCACAUCUAUCAGUAUUCAGAGCAACGGGUUGCUCAUUCCACAGGAGCAGUUGCACGAGCAGACACCCAGUGGGUGGGUGGUCGAUGCGGGUGGUUUGGUGCUUAACAUGGACUGGUCAAGGAAACAGCCGCAUGAGACCCAGCUACUGGCCCUGGCUGUCAUCCCCCAAGAGGAUCAGGAGACCUAUGACUACGACCAGGAGUCAGCCAGGCCAGAUUUCCAUCAACACGGCACAGUGCAAAUCUGGGAGUGCCAAAGCGACGUGACGGAGGGCAGUGUGACAAUGUCGCAGCAUCAGCCGAUCCUGCUGAGAACCAUCUGCGCUGAAAGUGGGAGAGCUCGGCGGUUGAAAUGGAGUCCGGCAUGCCGUCAUUUGGCCAUCCUCUGUGGUGAUGGAUCUGUCCUUGUCAUCGAUCCCUUGGCAGGCGGCGACACACUCUAUCAAAAGGUUGAAGGGCAAAUUGCGAAGUUCCGCCUAGAUGACGAUGUCCCAGGCCUGAGUAUGACUUGGGUUGGCUUCAACCGUAUUGCUAUCGGUUACAACGACGGCUCUGUGGCGCUCUGGUCCGUUCACCCCGAGCGACUUCUAUCUCGCCAUGCCGUCCAUCACAGUCCAGUUAUCGAUAUGGCUUCCGGAUACCCUUCCCAACCAUACCUUGUGGCAUCGGUACCCAUCGGUGGCAUGGUGAGGCUUGUCGACCUGCGAAGGCCGAGCAACGACUCGGCGGAAAUUCCGAUGCUUUCUGUCAACACCACACCCAACAUCUUAAACUGGAGUGAGCACCUCCAAGGCUACUUCUUCAUGAAUCCGUCAUCGAGUAUCUUCAAUUCCGUCAUCCAAUUCUCGCAUUACGCCUCCUUUCCCGUCACGAAACGAGUCUUCACGGGCGACAGCCGCUUGACUUGCCUUGCCAUUGGCAAAACGCACCCAUUCGCCCUCAUAGGAACGACCGACGGGUCACUUUGGGCUAUCAACCCGCAGUUCGAGGUCAUGCAGCUCACCAACAUCCGUGGCGAGCUCACUGAGCGAAUCAAGGUGUUCCAGCAUGAACACCGUCCCGCCGAGCGGUUCGAGCCGAGCUCACCCGCCUCGCAGCGCGGUGCUUCGAGAUUCAUGCGCGGCUUUAAGCCCGAAAAGAGCCGCCACGCCGUCGUUGAGACCAAGAAGGGCAAGUUGAAGAACGAGACCGGUCCAGGGUCGUCAUUCACGAGCCCUUGA